AUGUCUAACGACUUGGAUUUUGACGUGAUGGUUAGCGAAAUCAGCGAACGGGUUGCCACCAUCCGCGAGCCACAGGUGGUUGUGACCAUCGAAAAGUGGGUCAACAAACUGGUGGCCGAGCCGCGUGGGCCCAACGAGCUCAACUAUUUGAAACUGUUAAACCGCAUGAUGAACAACAAGCGAGUCGGGCCACCGUUUCUGCGGCCACCGCCGGCAGGGCCGCUGUUUCCGCUCAGCCGGUACAUCAACCCUAGACCAUGCGACGGUCGACCGCCGACCGGUCAGACGGCGUUGAACUGGUACUCAUCUAGCCAAAACCGUUCGGUGCAGACCGCGGUCGCGGACAGGACGCCGUCGCCGACGCCGUCUGCCGUGCCUUCGUUGUCAUCGACCGACGGCCACUUGCCCGCCGGCGGAUGUCCGUGCGGUAUCAAGACGAAGCCGGGCGGAGGCAAGUCGCGGGCCAGAAGCGACAACGACGUGUGCAAUCCGUGCCUGGACAAAGUGUUGCGCACGGCAGACCAGGUGUGCGCGGGCUUACCGGACGAGUAUAACGACUUGCUGGGAGACUGCACGCUUCCGACGUUUACCGAAGAAGAACAGAGGACCGUGGGCCCAGAGCUGUUGCGGGUACUAAAAAUAAUCGACGACACGACUACUCUGCAAGAUUUUUACUUCCAAGUAUCGCAGUACACUUGCGAUAAGGGAGCAAUGCUGAUGAAAGUGGCCGACGCUAUGAUGGCCGAAUUCGAGGCGUUCGUGACGGACGUGUUCGAGAGCCGGGCGCAGCACAUCAGCGACGGACUGGCCAAGGAGCAGUUGGCGCUCAGUGACAAGUACACGUUCCUGGCCCGGCGGUCGCUGAACCGGGCCACGAUGGCAAUGGACUACCUGAAGGAGCAGCUGCCCGUGUUCAACUGGGACAAGUAUAAUGCCGAACCGGAAUCGUACAUGCAGAAAAUGAUAGCGUCGGCCAGUGCCGUGCAGGCCAGAGGCGGAGGCCGCGGGCCCGCUGGCGACGACGAGAUGCAGUCGGCCGACGGCGGCGAUGACGACCCUCAGCACGCGGCCAACAAAAAGCUUUUAUACACGCUCAACUGGAUGCGCACCGAGGUCAACCGAAUGGACUGCGAGUGCCAGGCCUUGUACGAUCAACGCAAAUGUCUCACCAACAGCUUGUCCGCGCUCAACGCCAAGCUGUCGACCACCCAGUGCCAAUCAUCGGCCGACAUCGGCCAGCUCAAGGACGAGCUGACGGUGCUCCGGUCACAGUCGGCCAACCAGUCAAAAACUAUUGAUCGGCUCAUGGAAACCAUACAAUUGACCAUUUUGGAAGUUAUAGGCACUGGUCACACGUCGCAGUUACUAGAGCUGGCCAUAAACCCGUCGCUGAUGAUGGUGAGUAACUGGAUGGAAGAACACGGUCUGAAGAUAUCGCACAGGAAGACAGUGGCCAUAGUAAUGACUAGCAAGAGGAACUUUAGGGACCCAGUGUUCAUACUACACAAUGAACCAAUAAAUCUAAGCAGGACCGUCAGGUACCUAGGAGUGGAACUCAGUUCCAACCUCGGCUUCCGUGAACAUCUGCUAGUGGUCAAAAACAAAGCUUCCAGGACAGCCGGAGCGCUUGGUCGGCUCAUGCCUAAUGUUGGAGGACCGAAGCCAGCAAAGCGUGUUCUGCUGACCUCGGUGGUUCACAGCCAGCUAUUGUACGCAAGUCCCGUUUGGGACAAAGCUCUGGUAUUCCAAAGGACCAGAGAAGUCAUUGUUAGCCCCUAG